UUAACCUUGCAAGUUUUGUGCAAAACAAGUGUAAAAUCUGUUUCAAGUGCACACGACCUAACGUGAUUCUAAUUGUUGUGCAGUUAGGUGAAAGGUUUCAAGGAAGAUACGCUUUCGAAAUGAGUAAAAAUUACACCCCGGAAACUCGACAGCGCAUGCGCCCUUGGUUGGAGUCACAGAUAAACAGUGGUCAAAUAAAGGGUCUCGAGUGGGUAGACGAGCAGCAGAAAAUGUUCAAGGUACCAUGGAAAAACGUUGGCAAUAGAGAAUGGUCUGAAGAUGAUGGAAUCAUUUUUAAGGAAUGGGCGGUCAACACGGGACGGUACCGUGAGGGUGUGGACCAGGCUGAUUGGCCUACAUGGAAAACGCGGUUCCGAUGUGCACUCACCAAAUUACCGGACAUCAAAGAAUUGAAACAGUACAACCGCCUGGACGGAAAUACGGAAGAACCGUACAGGGUCUACCAGUUCGUACCUAAGAAUAGAGACGGCCUAGGAUCACGUCUUGCAUACAGACAAUCUGAAAAUAGCUCGCCUGGAAGUGAGAUAGAAUUUACAGGGGAACCGACUAUACCAACGACAGUCAUUUCAAACCAGUCAGAAACCAUGAUGUCCCUUCAAGAAGGCAGACUUCCCUCUGACCUAACUAUGGAAUCUGGGGAUUUAAUGAAACUUGACAGUAGUGAAAUAAGAAAGGUGCCUCAUGAAGAUUUUAAUGAACCAAUGGAUAUACCAGAACUAGAAACAGUUGAUGCACAUCCAGAAAUUAUAACAAAGAGUAGAAAGUCCUACCCUAACCAGAAAUCUUUAAUCAUGCCACCAAACACAUGGACCCUAGAUCCUAAUGAUUGUAAACUGUAUGUUACCAUAAAAUAUUUAACGUCAUCGGUGUAUGAGAGUCUUUGUUCUGAACCGAAUGGAUUCCAUAUUUUCUACGACAAACAAGUUGUAAUACCAAAUCAAGAGGAAUACGAACAGAUAUUUGGGCCAAGGGACGCGUUACAGAUUACGCUCCCACAAUGCAACGUACCUAACAGUCAACAGCAACGUCUCACGCUUGAUCUAUUAAAUGCCACAGACAGAGGUCUUGUAGUGCAGGUGAAGGACGGUAGUAUCUAUGCUACAAGAAAGUGCAGAUGUAGGGUAUACAUUUCGAAGUCAACAUUGGACAACGGCUGUGAGAUAAUAAAGCUGCAGCGGGAUGCAGAGACACUUGUGUUUGACUUACACGGUUAUUACAAAAAUGCACUGGAGAGAUACAUACACCAGAGAGGGCCGAAACCCUCUGUAGAAGUGGUAGUGGGUUUUGGACAGCAUUUCACCAUGGACAGAGAGUCAAUAAACAAUUUACUAGUGUCAGCAACAAUAGUACACACAGAAGCAAUGCGUCUGCUUACAAGGAUCGCAUGUACAAGCCCAAUGUCGCCAGCAAUCUCCUUAUCCAAGUCAGACCAGUUGGAUCAUAUUGUGGAUGUUCUUCAUUACACCAGCACAAAUACUGCACAAGUCUAAUGAACAAAUCAAUGACUACCAAUAGUGCAAGAUAAUUGGAACUUCAUAUCUUCAACAGAUUCUCAGUGUUAAACUACAGCAAUAUAAUUGUUUUAUAAGAGUGUUACAUUGAGGAAUAAGAAAUAUCUUGCAAAGUAGAAUUCGAUCUUCUUUUCAAGGGUGACAUUAUGCAAAUUGUAAUGAAAUGUUGCAUGUUUACAAUUAGCACAGUUCUGUGAAAUCAAAGUUAUUAGAGGAGACUACAUUCUUUUACGAUUUUGCCAAUACAUAAUGUUAAAUCUCAACAAACACAUAAAAUGCCUAUCAGUCAAGUAAUCAACAAAUUCAUGUCCUUACUAAAUAGUCAUUUUGAUCAAAACAACCUUUUAAGACAAUAGAAUCAUAUUCAUUUAAGAACUCACAUUCUGUUUUUCCCUGCUUUUAUUUAUUAGUAUGGCGAGAUAACAAAAUCUAGUAUAACAGCAUUACAUAAUAGACUAGCAUUAUGUAAGUAGUACUAGGUGAUGGGAGAACAUUAACAGCAAAUCAUAGAAAUAGUUGUUACAUUUAAACACUUGUCAUUGGAGCAUUACAUAUGAACACCUGUCAUUGGAGCAUUACAUAUGGACACCUUUGACUGGAGUAUUAAAUGUGAAAAUUUUUGAUUUUAAAAUUAGUUUAUACUUAUUUGUUUUAGCUCGACUGUGAUGAAAGCUUCAAGCUAAUUGGAACCACUCUCGAGUCCGCUUCCUGGAAAACCCAAUACUGGUGUCAUAGGAGGUCAUGGUUGUGGCCCCAGUGGGGCUCGAACCCACGACCCCUGGAUUGAGAGGCCGACACCUUAUCCACUAGACCACCGCUCCCUAAUGUUUUUAAUUUGAGCAUUACAUGUAAACAUAUGUGACUGGGGAAUUACAUACUAACAUUUUUGACUGGAGCAUAGCAUGUGAACAUUUGUGAUUGGAGCACUUUGUGAUUGGAGCAUUACGUGUGAACAUUUGUAAUUUGAGCAUUUUUUGAUUGGAGCAUUACAUGUGAACAUUUGUAAUUUGAGCAAUUUUAUUGGAGCAUUAUAUGUGAACAUUUGUGAUUUGAAUAUUUUUGAUUGGAGCAUUACAUGUAUACAUUUGUGAUUGGAGCAUUUCAUGUGAACAUUUGUGAUUGGAGCAUUAUAUGUGAACACCUUUGAUUUAAGCAUUACACCGAUAUCUGAUGAAUCUUAUUUCUUUUAAGUUACUCAGCUGACACUUGAACAAUGUUUUUUUCUCUGAUUAUCCAUUGCCAUACUGUGUGUAAAUAAAAUACGUGGCAUUUAACGUCACAGUGCCAUCUGUACAUAGUA